AUGAAUUAUAUGAGAGAUAAUUAUACGAGUGCCAAAAAUGAUGUGCCCAUCCUGAUCGAUUACGGAGCCUCAACAAUCAAAGCAGGAUAUGCCACAUCUCAAACUCCAGAUGUAGUCAUCAGAAGCUACAUCAAUAAAUUCAAGGACUCUAAUACGCAAUCCAAUUAGAUAGCUCAAUGGGACACAGACGUAUUUAAGAAUUACAGAUCACCUUUUGAGAAGAAUCUCAUCUAACAUUCAGGUGCAUUAGAAUAACUAAAUGACUUCGUAUUCGAAAGACUUUAAGCUGGAAAGCAUGGCAGAGUCAAUCAUCCGAUAAUAUUAACAGAAUGUUUUGCCACCACUGAUCUAGCAAGAAUGAUAGUCCUGGAACAAAUGUUUGAAUGCUAUCAAGUGCCAAAUGUGAUGUUGGGAGUGGAUGCAUUGUUCUCAGUAUUUCAAGAUGACUUGGAAGCCUAUCUCAAACAAACCUAAUUAAUUGUUCAUCUGGGUGAUCAAACUGUCCAUGUAGUCCCAAUAGUCAAUGGCCAAGUGAUAUAUUCCAACAUCAAACGAUUGAACUUGGGUGGUCUCAACAGUUUAAAGUACUUUUAUUAAACCAUCCAAUUGAGACACCCCCAUCUGAAAUUCACUUAUCCUUAAAUUGAUUAUUGGCAUAAAUAGUACACCAGUGUUGCUAUUGAUUAUCAACUCUAAUUGCGAUAUUUCCAGGGCCCAUAAUAAUACUACGGAUACAGAGAUUAAAUAUCAGAAUAAAAUAGAUUUCAUGAUGAUUAACUACAAUUCUUGGAUCCCAUAUACAUUGAUAUUCCCAUUGUAUAGAAAAUUGUGAGUGCAGAAGACUUAAAGAGAAAAGAUGAAAAUAGAUAAAGGAUGAAAGUUAGAUUGCAGGAAUCCAUCUAGCAAAGUAGAAUUAACAAGAAGUCGCAAUUGGAAUAACAAUUAGUGGCAUUGCAAUAGGAAUUAGAAGCUGACCUAAAUAACGAGGAACUCAAAAAGAAAAUUACAACUCUGUAAGUUAAACUCGGUUUAGCACCCAAAGAAGCCUUAGAUGAAUUGAAGUAUAAUUUAUUGAAUGUCCCUGAUGAUAAACUUACACCUUCUUAAUUGAAUUAGAAAAGAUAUCAAAAAGUCAUGUAUGAAUAAGCGUUGAUGAAAAAAUAAAAGAACUAGGAAUUUAAGUAAUUACAAAAAGAUGCUAACAAAUUCAAAUUGGAAGAACCUGAGAAAUAUUUACAAAUGCUAUACGAGAAGAGAGAUCGUAUAGUUUUACAAAUACAAGAAAGGAAAAAACUACAAUAAGAAAUGAAUAGUAGGAAUUCAAGAUUCAAUUAGAAGAGGAUCUAAACUCUAGCCUACCUAGGUGCUGAUGAUAAGGCUGAGGAUGAUUUUGGAAAGGACGACAAGGAUUGGGAAAUCUAUAGAAGUGUUACCAAAGAAAUAGAUUCUGCUGAUGAAAAGUCUAAAUACAAACUGUAAGAAUUAGAACAAGAAUUAAAAGACCUAGAUCCUGAUUUCGAGAUUAAAAUCCUUAAAUCUAUAGCUAAUAUACAUCAAUUAGGUAUGAAUCUCAGUCAAGUCCCAUUAUCGGUUGAUCGGGUAAGGUGUUAAGAAAUUUAUUUCUAACCUAGUCUGAUUGGAGUUGAGCAAUAAGGGUUAGUGGAUAUGAUCAAAUUAUCAUCUAAAGGUUUGGAUAAACUCCUAUUGUAAAACAUCAUCCUAACAGGAGGUGGAGCGAAAACACAAGGAAUUAUGUAAAGAUUACAGAAAGACUUAAUAUCAGAAUAUGAUUGUCCGAUUGCUAUUAAAAUUGCCACAGAUCCAGUCUUUGGAACAUGGUUGGGAAUGAAGAACUUCGCCAAUAAACAUUCAAAUAUGCUUUCCUAAUUUUCAAUAUCAAUUGAUGAUUACAAUGAAAUUGGUACUUAAAAGUGGGAGAUAUUUAAAUAGCAUCCAUUUUCAAAUAUUGUAGAUUGA